CUUGUAUUAAACUGCUACUUUUAGGUCUUCUUCAAGUAUUUCCCCGUGAUUAAUUGUGAUGAACAGACAGUGGUUGUGUGCUGAUUGACGGCGGGAAACGGAUUGCUUGACUGUCAUCUGCUCGUGCUCUAGGUUAAAUGUUGAAUAGUUGAAGUACGGCUAAUUAAUAUUUCCUAAGCUAUGCUUUAGGAAAUUGUGAAUUGCUUUGCAAAACACAAAAAGAACCGGCAUUAUGACAUAGCUUAUCUCUCAAGGGACUGUUCGAACUGUUUGGCGAAUGUGUCAAGGUUUUUGUUUUAUCCAUCACUUCUUAGAGAAACGUUUACCGGUAGCCUGACGUUACGACGUUUUACUAGCAUAUUGCAUAUACGUCAUGCGUACAAUUUUGUAAUUUAAACGACAUUAUGGAAAAAAACGUUGUGUUUUAUUUGAGGAGGAUCCCCCUCAUCCACUAUACGAUAUAUGUAACAUAAUUAUAACAUUUAAGGCUCAAAGCCAGCUACACUGCCCGUUCAUUGGCUCCUCGAAGAGGCAUGUUCUCUCGCACUUUGUCUGACGCUCAAGUUCCACCUAGCUUAGUUAUGACUGCCAAGACAAUCGCAGGAAAACGGCCACUAAUAUUUCCUGAAGCCUCUACAGUUCCUUGAAGCUCCCCGGAGUCACACACCAGCCUGUACCCACAUGCUCGUAAACUGCUGCUCUUGACCCUCAAACCAAGAGCCCUGCGUCUGACCAUUUCCCUCCCCUUUUGUCUCCCCUCUAACUCAGAGGGCUGUGAAGAGCAGUCAUCAUCUCACAUGAAUGUGAGGCUUGUCCGACUAUGCUGCUGCUGCUACUAGCGCUGGCCAUAGUCGUUGCGUCAACUUCGAUCACCUCCGCGGAGCCUGGGAAGCUUGGCCACCGUCCAGCGGCACCACUGUUCGACUACAGCAGCCUGUCUCUGCCCCCAGAGCACAUACCCUACUUCCUACGCAACAACCAGGGAGUCUCCAAGCUCUGCCACCAGGACCCUCUCUGCCCUUUUAAAGAUGCACUGGGGAAUCUGUCUGCCUGUUGGGGCUAUGAGAAGCACUGCGCUCUUGAGAAGCGCUUCGGUUACCCUGUGUGCUCCAAAGCUGAUGUCAGAUGGGCUCCGACGGUGGAAGCAGCCCGGGAUCUGUUUUGGAAGCAGGGAGACUUUGGUUACGUCAGGGAGCGGCUCUCUGAGAUGGAGACUCUAUGCGCAGCUAGCAGACCUGGGGAUUCAUCGUUACGGUGCAGCCGCCACACUCGGUUCUGUCAGGCGACCAACCUUUACUUGGACUUACGGAGCCCGCGCAGAGGUCACGAAAGGUAUAAGGAGGACUUCAUCCAACACGGAGAGAUGGGAGGGCACUGCAGUCUGAGCAGAGCAUCACUGGCGGCUGAGGGAGAUCACAAGAGUCCGCUGCAAUCUUGGUAUGCAGAGCUGCAGACGUACACGGAGCUGGACCUUCAGCCCAUAGACGAUGGGCUAUGUGACCUGGUCAUUGAAAAACCCACUGUGUUCAUGAAGCUGGACGCUGGAGUGAACAUGUACCACCACUUUUGUGACUUUGUCAACCUGUACGUCUCCCAGCACAUCAACAACUCCUUCAGCCGAGACAUCAACCUCCUCAUGUGGGACACGAGUUUUCAUACGUAUGGAGAUCUGUUUGCUGAAACAUGGAAAGCCUUCUCAGACUAUGACGUCAUCCAUCUUCAGACCUACGAUUCAAAGCGGGUGUGCUUCAAAGACGCCAUCUUUUCCCUCCUCCCCAGGAUGAGACAUGGUCUGUUUUACAACACUCCUCUGAUCUCUGAGUGUCACACGGAGGGGAUGUUGAGGGCCUUCUCCCAGCAUGUCCUCCAUCGCCUUCACAUCCCCCAGGACGGGCCAAAGGAGGGCCGCGUCCGCGUGACUCUGCUGGCACGCAGCACAGAAUACAGAAGGAUUAUAAACCAGGCUGAGCUUGUCAAUGCCCUGAAGACUGUGGCAUUACUGGAGGUUAACGUGGUGGACUACAGAUACAAGGACGUUCUGUUCCUGGAGCAGCUGAGGAUCACCCACAACUCUGACGUCUUCAUAGGGAUGCAUGGAGCCGGCCUCACACACCUCCUCUUCCUGCCUGAUUGGGCUGUUGUGUUUGAGCUGUAUAAUUGUCAGGAUGAGAGCUGCUACAGAGAUUUGGCUAGACUGAGGGGCAUCAGAUACGUAACUUGGCAGAAAAGGAGCAAAGUGGUCCCACAAGACAAGGGUCACCACCCCACCCUGGGAGCCCACCCCAAGUUCACCAACUACUCCUUCCAGGUGGAGGAGUUCAUGCGGCUGGUGCUGGAGGCCACCUCCUACGUAAUGCACCAUCCCAAGUGGCGACCCCAACCCCAGCGCGAUGAACUGUAGACUCGCCCCCACCCCCCCCGUCAUGGAGGAGUGUGUCCAGUUCACAAAGGCCCAAAGCGCAGGACACAAACACACAGCACACAUUGGACUGGGACAGCAUUCACAAUAAUCUUUCUUAUCGAUGCAGCGUCCUGAGUAGGGCUGCACCUCACAGUGUGUUUUUGAUGAGGUUAACCGAUUCAUAAUUAAGUCUUGAACAUUAAUUAUAGCAAUGGCACAUCACAAGUUACCAGAGUCUGAACUGAAGUCUUACAUGGGCUUGCUCUCUCGAGACAAACAGCCAAGAAAAACAUAUUCAAUUAAUAAUGACCCAUGAACAAAUGAUCCUAGUGGCACAAUUGUUGAAGUAUUAGGCAGAAAAAAGUAGAUAGACGGAAAAUCGAUAAAGUUAUUAAU